AAAGCCAAUACUGAAACUGUACAGAAGGGAACAGCCAUAGAUGAUAACAAACUUUCACAGAUUUGCUAGUGGCUAUGCUCAGCAGUAGGGGUGGGCAUUGGUUUGACCAAACCACUCCUAACCGCUCCAAACCGCUCCAACGGUCAAUCCAAACCGUACCGUUAACUAUCGGUUUCGUUUACGGACUAACCAUUUAGUUAUUAGUGGUUCGCGGUUUGGAUUGACCGAAACUACACGGUUACGGUUCAAAACCGCAAACCGGUAAUUCUUAGUGAAUGUCGUCCACCACCAACGCACGAGUAGCUUUGCAGAGAUUUUCUUCCUUACCGCAAACCACUAUCCUCCCGGCGGCGAUUCUUCUUCCUCAUCCAGUCCCCGCCAGAUCCGCACUAUUCCCUCUCUACCCGGCGGCGAUUCUUCUUCCUCAUCCAUACCUAACGAUUUUUAUGUUCCUCUCGAUGUUGCACAACACCAAGAGACGAGAGAUCCCGAGCUUCAUAGAUCGACGCCGACGACGCUUCCCCUGACCUAAAAUCCAUAUUCGCACCUCCGCCGGCCUCCGCAUCCAGCUCACACCGUCGUUCUGGGGCUAUAAUGAAUAUGUGAAUUCGAUAUCAAGCAAUAGGGAAACAGAAGAUACUGUUAUUGGAAAGAUGAAAUCUAAAGGCUCACAGAGAAAACGAGCUCGAGCACCGAUACCCAGCAGCAAUGUGCUUAGUGUUAGUGAGGUGAGAAGGAUAAAUUAUCUUGUUUGCCUGUUAUUGGGAGAUAGCGAGAUUCAAGGACUAAGACUAAGUUACAUUUACAUGCCAUGUCCCAGUAGCCAGAAUUCCUGUAACGGAUGGCACAGGGGAUUGUUAUACCUUGUUUUCGAUGGGCUUGUAUUGUUAUGUAUAUAAACUCUAUUAUUGAAGGAAGUUUUUUGCUUUGUACCAGAUAUGGAUCCUGGUUAUGUUGAUCAAACACCUUUGGAAAUGGAUGCAAUUUCUGAUUUGACAAAAGACGUUGAGCUUGGUACUUAUGAGUUAUAUGCUCAUUAUGAGAAUCAAAUGGAAGUAGGUGAAGAUUCCUCCUCUCAAACAGAAGUAGAUGAUAAUGGUGGGAAUGUGGAUUUAGUUGCCGAGUAUAUGAAACAAAUGCAAAAGGAAAGAGGUGUAGUGAACAAUACCGAGUUGGAUAGGUAUUUGAAGGAGGAUGUUGAAAAAUCAACGGAUGCCAAGUUUAAUGUGUUAGGAUGGUGGAAAGUAAACAACCAUAUGUUUCCAACUUUGUCUCGGAUGGCAAGGGAUGUAUUGGCUGUCCCGGUUUCUACGGUUUCAUCUGAAGCAGCUUUUAGCACUGGAGGUAGGGUGCUGAAUGAUUUCAGGAGCUCUUUGACUCCUAUGAUUGUUGAGGCUCUGAUUUGUACUCAGGAUUGGCUCCGGGCAGAAUCUAGUGUGUGUCUAGUUGAAGAAGAUUCAGAGGAGAUUGACAAUAUCGAUGAAGAGUUGAGCAUGAUUAUGAAGGCUAUUGGUAUAUUUGAUGUUCCACUUCCCCGUAUCCAUACUCCUCGUAUGAGUCCUAAUGUAGAGGCAAGCGCAAACAUAUAAGGUAACAU